GCGCCCCGCGGGGACUUUGCCCACUUCCGCGUCCCGGCCCCGCCCCGGCCCAACCCGCCACUAUCCCCUCGGCCUCCCGGGAGCAGCAGCGGCGGCGGCGGGAGGCCAGCGGCAAGCGGAACGGCGGCACUGGCGUGGGCCUCGGCGUGGCGGCGGGCGUGGUGCGGCGCGGGCCCCGGCUGCUGCUAGCUGCCCUGGUGUCCGGGCGCCACUGGCGCGCGGCUGGGGUCAUGGAGUUCUCGUUUAGCCUCGGCUCCAGCUCUGAAGUCGGUACCUAUGACUUCCUGGUCAUCGGCGGCGGCUCGGGCGGCCUGGCCAGCGCCCGGCGUGCGGCCGAGUUGGGAGCCCGCGCUGCCGUGGUGGAGGGCCACAAGCUGGGCGGCACCUGCGUGAAUGUUGGAUGCGUGCCCAAAAAGAUCAUGUGGAACACAGCAGUCCACUCAGAGUAUAUUCAUGACCAAGAGGAUUAUGGUUUCCAGAACUGUGAUGUUAAGUUCAAUUGGCGGGUUAUCAAGGAGAAGCGGGAUGCCUAUGUAAACCGGCUGAACGUCAUCUAUCAAAAUAACCUCGUCAAGUCCCAAAUAGACAUUAUUCGGGGCCAUGCAACCUUCACAAAUGACGCUGAGCCCACUGUGGAGGUGAAUGGGAAGAAGUACAAAGCUCCCCACAUCCUGAUCGCCACAGGGGGCUUCCCAACCAUUCCUAGUGAUGACCAAAUCUCUGGUGCCAGCUUGGGAAUAACCAGUGAUGGCUUUUUUGAGCUGGAAGAUUUACCCAGGCGCAGUGUGAUUGUGGGCGCUGGGUACAUUGCUGUGGAGCUGGCAGGCAUCCUCACGGCCCUCGGCUCUCAGACGACAAUGGUGAUAAGGCAUGAGAAGGUGCUUCGGCAUUUUGAUAAGUUAAUUAGUUCCAACUGCACUGAAGAACUAUUGAAUACUGGUGUUGAGAUCCUAAAGUACUCCCAGAUCAAGGAAGUGAAGAAGACUUCCACCGGCUUGGAGGUGAAAGUGAUGACGGCUGAGCCCAACAAAAAAUUAACUGUCAUCGUGAUCCCCAAUGUGGACUGCUUGCUCUGGGCCAUUGGGCGCACCCCAAACAUCAAAGGCUUGAACCUGAGCAGAGUGGGUGUUCGGACCGAUGACAAAGGGUACAUCCUGGUCGAUGAAUUCCAGAACACCAACCGAAAGGGCAUCUAUGCUGUUGGAGAUGUGUGUGGAAAAGCUCUUCUUACUCCAGUUGCAAUUGCCGCUGGAAGGAAACUUGCCCACAGACUGUUUGAAUGCAAACUGGACUCCAAGCUUGACUAUGAAAACAUCCCAACUGUUGUCUUCAGCCACCCGCCGAUUGGAACAGUGGGACUCACAGAGGAUGAAGCCAUUGCUAAAUAUGGAAACGAAAAUGUGAAAACUUAUGUGACUGUCUUUACCCCUAUGUACUUUGCGGUGACUAAAAGGAAAACCAAGUGUGUGAUGAAGAUGGUGUGCAUCUACCAGGAAAAAAAGGUGGUGGGGAUCCACAUGCAAGGAAUUGGAUGUGAUGAGAUGCUGCAAGGCUUUGCAGUGGCUGUGAAGAUGGGGGCCAGAAAGGCUGACUUUGACAAUACGGUGGCCAUCCAUCCGACUUCUUCUGAAGAGUUGGUCACGAUCCGCUGAAAAAGGGAUAAUCUUGGGGACCACUGCCAGUUGCCAGAUGCCUUUUUUCUUGUUCCUACUUUGUAGACUGUAAAUUUCAGUCAAUUUCCCUUAUGGUCAAAAAGAUUUUCAAUAAAUAGUAGACAUGAUUUCUGUAA